UCAGCUUUCAACACCGAUUCCUUGCCAGGAUGACUGGAGCAGUCCAUACGCAGGGGAGAAUUGUGAUAUUCGGCUUCAAGAUUGUAAAGAUGUCGGCGUCUACAAAUCAUCCACGCCUGGCCCGUUCAACGUCUUGCCCGAGCCGUUCACAACCUCAUUCACUGUGCAAUGCCAGGACUUCACGGACAACAGAAUACCGAUAAUGUUCAGGCACGCAUCCCAACCAGGAUGCUUGGAGACGCCUGUGACGUACCUAGACGUCCCCAGGAAAAACUACAAAUCCGACCUCAUCUCCGACCCCUGCUACAUGUGGCUCGGUCUGGACAGGAUCCACGCUCUGACGCUCGUCCGACCCUACAGCCUUCUCAUUCAGUUCAACACUACGAGCGGCCUCUGGGGUGAAGCUCUUUACAACGACUUUUCUGUCGGUGACGAAUCCUCCGGGUAUAGCCUGUCUAUAUAUGGCUUCACGGGCAAAGGUGUAGCAGGCGAUGCCUUUAAAACGACGAUCUUACACGAGACGCUGAAUGGAGCUACGUUCUGCGCCAAGGAUACAUGCCCCGAGGCGAUAAACCAGUGUGCUGCUGACAACAAGGGAGCCUGGUGGAGCAGAGAAGACACAGAGUGUGUUGGCACCCCCCACAACGGCAAUAACAUCCUUUGCCCUCAGGCUGAGUCACUGACCCCUUGUCUUGAUUACUUCAUGUGGUUGAUUCCAAAUGAAAUAUCAUGUUGCGUUUGACUUUCCUGAACUAUCUCCUCCAGGUGUGAAGCUGGCAAACCAAGGUUUAUAAUCAGGGCGAAUCAUAAUUUACUCCGAUACAAUAUCUUUCUGCGUGAAGAGAUAUCGUAUCGAUGUAAAAGA